CUUAACCUUGUCGGUAGAAUCUGCAACUCCUAUAUGAAUUUUUAUGCCAUCCUUUAGUCUAGUUACAGAGUAUGGUAGUUGAUACAGAUCGAAUACAUCCCUUUCCAAAUCAUGCGGUCGUUAUUGUAAGCGAAGGCAGUGAUCGAGCAAUCUCUUGAGCAUGCUAAUCUACAUUCCUCAAUGCUUUUAACCUUUAACGAUUCAGAAUAUUGGGAAUAAGAAACAUCAAGUACUCCCAAAAAUUUGUGAUUUCCUACAUCACUGCACUGCAAAGGGGUUUUCGUCACACAACCAUAAGAAUAACCUCCAAAUUCCCAAUCUUCUGGGAUUUUGGGUUCAAAUCCUUCCAAGCAUCGACAAUGAGGCAAACUCUGAGACUCACAGAUACUAAAAGCACCACACUUGGUGCAUUGUCCAUCCCAAGUGUUUAUUGUCUCACUGCCGUUAUAAAACUCGAGUAGACCAUUCAAAAGUUUGUAUCUCAUAAAUGAAUUAGGAUCGAUGGGAACAUAAGUUAAAGAGCUUUCAUUCUCAUUUUCAACAGAAUUUAAAUUCACUUGACAAUAAAAGCAGUAGGAAGGAAUGCUAUGAUUGUCACCUCGCCAUCCCAAACACUAAUGGCGGAACCAUUUCGAAAUAAGAAAACCCUGCUUCCAGCUUGUUCUAUCUCAAGUGAAAAUAUUCCAGGGGCUGGAUUUUGUGGGUUUCUCCAGGGAGUAAGAAUUAGUUUCUCGUUGGUAAGCUUAUUAUAUCCAAGCUUGGCAGCUGGAAGCCAAGUGUCAAUGGGGUGAUCAAAACUCUGCCAUAAAACAGCGGAUGAAUCAGGUUCAUCUCUGAUGACAAAGUUCCCGUUGUCAAGAAGCACUGCCAUGGCGGAAUUAGAAACCGCUGCCGCAGUUCGAGUUGACCAAACCGUAUAUUUUGUUUGGUCCAGCAGCGCUAAGCUUCCAUUUCGGAAGAGUUGCAAUGCCAAAGAAUACGAAUCAGAAGCAGGUUUUUUUUCUGAAGAAUCUACUUCCGGUUCCUGUCCGCUUCUCCGGUGUUGGAGGGUUGAUGAUGACUAAUCAAGGAUUAAAGUCGCUGUUUCCGAUGGAGGAUAUUGCAGUGAUGGGAUUAUUGGAGUUAUUGCUUCAGCUGAAUAUGAUCAGAGUGAAGCUGCAGGAGACAAUAGAGGCUGCUCUUCCGUUUCAACCUCAUGUUGUUAUGACUGUGGAUUCCAAGGGUUUCUCUUUGCGUCUGUUAAAACAGUUACAGGCUAGAUACAAUCGGCAAGGAUUAAAUGCUCUGGUACACUUCCAUUAUGUAGCACCGUCGUUUUGGGCUUGGAAAGGGGGUGAAGCAAGACUCCGAGGCCUGGUUCAAUUUGCGGAACAUGUCUUGUGUAAACUUCCUAAUGAAGAAGAAGUUUGCAGAUCAAAUGGACUGGCUGCAACCUUUGUAGGCCACCCCAGUUUGGAGGAUGUUUGGGAGUUGAAUUCGAAGGAAACUUCACCCCAUGAAUGGAAGAUGGAAGGAAACUGCAAAGAUUUCCGAAGGAAAUAUGCAAUGCCUGCAGGAGCCAAAGUCAUUUCCUUGCUUCCUGCAAGCAGAUUACAAGAGAUCACCAGAAUGCUUUGCAUCUUCACAAACGCUGUGGCAUUAUUACAAGUGUCAUUUCCUGGGUUAGUAACAGUCAUCCAUAUCACUCCCAAUCAGCAUGUGAAGAAUGGAAUCACUAACAAGUGGCCUGUGCCUGCUAUAUUGAUUCCAGGAGUCCUGCACCAAAAAUAUGAUGCAUUCAGUGCAAGUAGCGUUGCGUUAUGUGCUUCUGGAACAGUUGCUUUAGAGAUGCAGCUUGCACGGCUACCAUGCGUAGUCGCCUAUUCUCAUUUCCUAACUGAGUUGAUUAUUCGUUAUGAAGCCAAGGUACCUAUCGUCUCCCUCCCAAAUGUUCUCAUGGAUUCCCCUAUUAUACCCGAAGCUCUCUUGCAAUCUUGUACUCUGACAAACCUGGCCUCAUUGAUGUUGGACUUGAUACAUGCCAAUGGCCUCCGAGAAGAACAGAUUGUUGCCGCGGAAAAGGUUAUCAGACUUCUAUGCGCUCCGGCCAGAAAUUUAGAUCCGUUGGCAGAGCGGCAUCAAGGAGGCUGGUUUCCCCGCAACACACCGAGUAAGAUAGCAGCUACUGCAGUACUGCACCAUGCAAAGCCAUGGCUGUCAUCUGUGGGAUGUCAUUACUAUACAAAUGUUUAAUAUCUCACCGAUGUAUCUUUUAGCUUGAUUCGAAUUGAAGGCGGAGAGUUUGGUUUUUGUUCUUCGCUCGAUUGGAGGUGUAGUAACACUGAUAAUGCAACAUCAAAAUUGCAAAUUUAAGGAGCAACCCCAAGUCGAUCGGUUUAUC